GAUUUCCUUCUCGUCGAUCUACUUAUCCAGAUUUUCAUAGUUUGUGAUAUGCUCCCCAGAAUUUAAGUGACUUUUCUCUUAUCGUCCAUUCGUUAUCACACACCUUCCACCCGUUCACACUGCGAAUCCACUUUGCUUCACUACUCUUCCACCAUGACAGCCUAUACCCCCCCUUCGUCAAUUCUCAUAAUCGGCACCGGUGUGUUUUCUCUAAGCACCGCCCUCGCCCUUCUAAAGAGGCCCGAGUACAAAAAUACAACCAUAACUCUCCUCGAUCGCUCUUCCUUUCCUGCUCCAGAUGCCUCCUCCGUCGAUUCCUCGCGCAUCAUCCGAGCAGACUAUGGCGAUCCUCUCUAUGCCGAACUUGCGGACUCUGCCCAGAAGCAAUGGCGGCAGACAGGCGAUGAUGAACUUGGUGGCCAGGGCCGAUACUCCGAAAGUGGUUUAUGUUUAACCUGCGACACCUCAUAUGAAAACAGCGGGCAAGGAUACGUACGAUCAAGCUUUUCAAAUGUCCAACAUUUGAUGAAACAAGCCGGGGACACAGACGGGGUCUUGGAAUUACCCUCAGCAGAGGCUAUACAGAAACUCUUCAAUGUAGGACCAGGGAGUGGAGAAUGGGGAUAUAUUAACCGACGAUCAGGAUGGGCUGAUGCGGGAGCCUCCUUAGUCUGGCUACGAAAAGAAGUUGAAAAGCUUGCUGACGAACGUGUCAAAUUCAUCGUCUCGGAAGUCACAUCGCUCAUCUUCUCGCCCGAUCAAAGCACGAUUCUUGGAGCCAACACUGCAUCUGGUACUCAAUACUUUGCCGGCCUCACGAUUCUCGCAGCUGGGGCCUGGAGUGCCAAAUUCCUCGAUCUGCGCUCCCAGGUGCAUUCUAGCGGACAGUGUUUGCUAUAUAUUGAUAUCACAGAUGAAGAACAGGAAAGAUAUAAAGACAUCCCCGUGCUUCUCAACAUGGCUACCGGUUACUUUAUCCUCCCACCACGGAACAACAUUUUAAAAAUCGCACGCCACGCCCACGGAUACUCAAACCCAACCAUGAUUCCCCAUCCCCACCCCUCCUCCUCUGGCGAGAUGAUCAGCGUCUCUCUCCCCCAAACAACUUAUGAUCACCCCAGCAAUUGCGUCCCUGUCUCUUUCCAAAAGGAAGCCGCAGUAGCCCUCCACACAUUCCUCCCCGAUCUCCCUCCCCGUCCCUUCUCACACACAAGAGUGUGCUGGUACACUGACACGCCCGCCGGCGAAUUCCUCAUCACCUACUGCGACAAACCGCAAAGUAGCGGCGGCCUCGGUCUCAAAGGUGUAUUUUUAGCGACUGGUGGUAGCGGACAUGGAUUUAAGUUCCUCCCCGUGCUUGGAGAGAAGAUUGUCGAUGUGAUGGAGGGGAAGGAUGAGGUGUGGGAAAACAAGUGGGGUUGGAAGGUGACGGAGGGAUGGGAUGGGAUGACAGACGAUGGGAGCCGGGCGGGCCCAAGAGGGGAGAAACUUUGUAAGUAGGAGGGGUUUGGAUGUGUUUUUGUCUGUGAUGUAUGUGUGUAUGAAUAAUCGCGGAAUUAGAUUUAGACGAUAUACGGCAUGGUUCACUUUUGACACACAGUAUGGCUAGAUUGAGAGUAGUCAGAUAGCGAAGGCUGAUAUAGGGGAUUCGAUGGUGAAGGCGGCACAUAUACAGAUGUCAUGUAGACUGUCACGAACAUCCUAGUGUACAU